GGCAUGCAGCAGCUGAGCUCUAUUCAAGUAGGGUCGAUUAGUGAUUGCAUUGACCAAGAUUGCUCAUUUUAUCCACUGCUCCGGCGCGAUCAAGAAGGCGGCUCCCUCGCUCGUCGUGGAUGGUGUCUGCAAACUUGGAUCUUAUGAAUUGCAUCCACCUCUUUUUUCCCAUGAAGAGUCAUUGUCUGAGCUAUCCCUCUUGCUGCAAUUACGGACCACUCUUGCCAUGCUUUUUAAGGGACCUCCUCUUCUCUGACUUGUCAUUAUCUUGCUCCUCUAUCCUAUCCCUUUGAUGCAUGUUUUGGACAACUCAUUUGAGGCCCUCCCCUACGAUUAGCAAUCGUCUUUUCCCAUUAUCUACCCAUUUUGUGGCAAGUUUUGGACCAAUGUUGCACUACUUUUAUACAGGACAACUUCUUCUGUGACUAUUAGCCAUUCUUAUAUGGUCCUUUACAUGUAUAUACCCUCUGUUAUUGCUGCAAGUUUUUGGACAACUGUUGCAUAGUUUUAGGACAACUGUUGCAUAGUUUUAGGACAAUUUUGAGGAGGGGUUAUCUGAUAUUUGAAACUGUUAUUAAUAGGAGGAAACAGGAUGAGUAUCCAUUUGCUGGAAAAUGUUCUAAGGUCGCAGACGGUCCACCUGGAGAAGAUGAAGGGUCGGCUCCUGGUGGAUAUGCAGGAGGCCGAGAAGGAGGAGGAUAGAUUAAAGGAAUAUCGGCAUGAGAUGGACCUGCUCAACCAGGAGAGGCUGGCACACGUAGAGGAACUCAGACAGAUACAUUCAGACAUUAACACAAUUGAGAGCGUGAUAAAGAACACAGAGGGAGACAGGAACAAGGCGUUUGAGGCAGCUUGGAAGAUGUACCAGGAAUACGUUUGCCUCAAAGAACAAAUCAACGCCCAGAGAAUGUCGAUAGGACUAGAUCGUAUCCCAGAGCUUACAGAGGAAGACCGGAGACUUGAUCCAGAGCUCCUGAGGAAGAGAAGAGCAGAGUGGCACGACACAGAGAAGAGGGAUCCCCCGUCGCCCCUCACCCCGACUUCAUGCCCCCUACCCGUACCUCUGGAACACCCUACACCCCUUCAGAUGCCAGGAACCAGCCACACCAAGGAGAUGAACGGCCCCCUUCCUCCUCCUCCACCCCCUUUCAAACAGCAACCACCACCCAUGAAGAACUGUCUGUCGUGCCACCAGCAGAUCCACAGAAAUGCUCCCAUCUGUCCUCUGUGCAAGGCCAAGAGUAGGUCCAGGAACCCUAAGAAGACCAAGAGAAAGCAUGAGCAAUGAGCUAUAGGACCAGGACCCGGUCCAGGACCAGGUCUCCAUUCUGCCACACCUCAGCAUGCCAAGAUUUGUAUUGAACUGUACAAGCCAAGAAGUACUCAGAAAUGUUUGUGAUCAUAUGAUCUUGAAGAAAGGGUUCUAUUUUGUUUUAAAAAAAUCAUAAAUGUAUGAGAGAGGAAUAUGGGUUCUUGGAGAAAAAAAAAGGAAAGUAUAGCCAGUCUUGUUCAAGAAUGUUGCAAAUCUGAAUGCUUAUGGAAGUCAAGUGAUGAUGUUUUAAAUCUACGCAACUAUCUGGCACUGAAUUGUGGGUCGAUGAAUCACUUUGCGUCUGGGUUUUUUUUUCUUUCUUUUUUAGAAAGCAAAGAAAAUUCUUUGGGAAAGACUUGGGUGUUUCUAAGAAGAUGCAUGGCACCUAAACUGAAACUUAAUCUAACUGUAGAAUGCCAACACAGAUAAGCACAUGUGGGGCAGUGUAUUAUUCUUGAUUGGCAAAAGACAAAACAUCUGGUUGGAAAUGUCA